UAUUUCCUUCAUCAAUUAAAUUUCUCAAAAACUCUAGCAAGUAACUGGAACCCAAAACAAGAUUUUAAAAAAAAAAGAAAGAAUAAAGUUGAAUAAAAAGAUGAGCCAACAACAACCUAGGAAGCCUGAAGAAGAAGAAGCGAUCAAAUACGGAGAUGUGUUCGAUGUACAGGGGAAACUUGCCGAGAAGCCAGUGGCGCCUAAAGAUGCCGCCAUGAUGCAGAUGGCGGGGAACGCCUUGCUUGGCGAAACCAAGAAGGGUUGCGCAGCCGCCGCCAUGGUAUCUGCGGCGAUGAAGAAUGAGAAAGCCGGAUUUGUCGGUCACGAAGAUGUCAAUGUCGACAGCGGUGUUACUGUUGAAGAGACUCAACUCGCUGGCAAACGUAUAAUCACAGAGUCUAUUGAAAAUGAGGUUAUCGGACAAUAUAGCCAGGCAGCUCCGUUGACAUCGGGACCUUACUCGUCUUGUGAACAGAGUGAGGAAGACGGUGGGGGUGGUCCAAUCACCAUUGGAGAAGCACUGGAAGCAACGGCUCUCACAGCAGGGAAUAAGCCGGUGGAAUGGAGUGAUGCUGCUGCAAUACAGGCUGCGGAAGUGAGAGCCACCGGUCGUACCUCCAUAAUGCCAGGUGGGGUUGCCGCUGCUGCUCAGUCGGCUGCCACUCUCAAUGCUAGGGCGAGUAGAGAAGAGGAGAAGACCAAGUUGUGUGAUGUCCUAUCGAAUGCAACAGAAAGGUUGGGAUCAGAUAAGGCAGCAACAAGAAGAGAUGCAGAAGGGGUGGCGGUUGCAGAGCUGAGGAAUGAUCCAACCCUCACCACACAUCCUGCCGGUGUUUCAGCUUCUGUGGCAGCAGCUGCGAGGCUCAACGACCAAAUUUCCAAAUGAUCCACAUCAUCCAUAUCUAUCUACCACACAUAUUUCAUGUAUUGUAAUAAUAUUCACUUCUUCUCCCAAUAUACGAAUAAGGGGAAACGACAAAGAGCAAUCACGAUGACAAUAGAUUUAAUCUGCCUCUA